UUACUUAAGGUCGGAUUUUAUCUGGAAGUACUUAAGUAUUACCAUAUUAAUGAGGGGCAGGCAGCUGAAAAGCAGCUGGGAGUUAGGUGGCUGGCGAUGCUCCUUCAGCACACCGGCUGGCAUUCGUCAUCGAGGAUCGGAAUUCGCCAAACAUUAAACAUGAAGACCAUCCAUCCUCUGAAGCUUCUCUUAUUACGAGUUUAUCUCGUCUGCACUUCAGCUGUUCUGCACCGACCUGACGAGACGUUUUCCAUUCACUCUACUGCCGCAUAGAGGAUUUCUACAUCUAAGCUCAGACACUUUCCAGUUGCUUUCGUCUUGCCCCAAUGGCUUCGGCAACGGGAAUCCCCCAACAUCCCCCGACUGAUCCGGACACGGACGGACAAGUCGGCGACACUGAACCGCUCCUAGGGCGCCCAGGUGAUGCAUCUCAGAGGGAUGAGGCCCCCAUCAUCAAAAACCUCGUGCUAGGCACCGGUGUUCUGGCCGAGGGUGCAUCCCUCCUGCUCGUCGCGUCCGUCUGGGCAUCCGUAUUCUUAAACCCCGUCAUCUUAUUCUCGGUGCACCCACUCGCACAAUCUCUGGGGGUGCUAGUUCUUGUGCAAUCGAUCCUAAUCCUGCAGCCAACACACACGGGCGCCCAGAAGCAAGUCGGGCAAAAAGUACACGCGGGACUGAAUCUACUAGCUUUUGCCAUUUUCGUGGUGGGUGUUGUGGUUAUCGAAGUCAACAAAUUUAAAUCCAACGGCGCACACUUUCACUCUGUGCACGGCUAUCUAGGAGUCAUUACCUCGAUAUGGAUACUCAUUCAGUAUUUUGUCGGUUUCACCAUGUUCGGAGUACCCGCAUUAUAUGGCGGCGAGGCGAAUGCCAAAAAGAUUUGGAAGUACCAUCGUAGCAGCGGCUACGUGCUUCUAUUGCUCAUGAUGGCGACGGUUACGAGCGCCGUGAAAACCGACUACAAUCAGAACGUCCUCGGUCUUAAGCUCUGGGCAAUGAUCGUAAUAUUCGUUCUGAUGAUCGUCGGCGUAUACCCCCGGAUCAAGAAGCAGAAGCUUGGUUUUUAAAUUUUCAUUAACGCAUUUGAAAUGUUGCACCGAAGGGGGCGAGGAAGGGGAGAAAAGUAGGACGAAUCGGAUUUGAGCAAGCAGUUAACAAAUUGCAGGGCAUGAAAGUCAAGGCAUGGGUUUAUUUCUCUGCAGGUGUAUGCGCUUGGGUUUUACUUAAUAGGAUCAAAUGGCGAUAUGGUAACUUGGGUUUCAGCGGCAGGCGCUCGGCAAUAGUGAGUAGGUGUUACAAAUGGGACAAUGGGAUUGUGGUCUACAUAGGUAUGUUAGCUGCAUAGUUUGAGCUAGGCAAAAGCAUUUUGUUUAGUCAAACAUUUUGUCCCGGGACAGGUGGAUACAUCUUCUCCCUUACCUAAAUAGAGACGCGGUCACUACUUCUA